AUACAUUUCAUGUUGAAGAAUUGAACAUCUUAAUUUCUUGUCUUUAUCGUGGAAGCUGUGAAGAACUCCAAAAUCAUUUCUUUUCAAGGCAUGGAAUAUACUGGUAAUUUUAACGACGAAGAUGACUUCUUCCUCGACGUAAUGCAGAAUUUUUCUCAAGAUAUAUAUCCAUCAUUAACCCCAUAUUCUUACUCCAAUAUUGAUAUUGAAGAGAAAGAUCAAUUAAAAGAUCUUUCUUCGUCUCCUCUAAAGUCUUCUUCUGGAUUUCUCAUUUCGUUUUCAUCAUCUCAAGAAGAAAAUAUUGCAAUUGUAAAAUCUCAUUUGGAAGAAAUUAAUGCAUGUCAAGCAUCUGGGGGAAAUAAUAAUAAUAAUAAUAUUAUGUACAAGAGGACUCCUUUACAAGCUCAAGAACAUGUUACUGCUGAGAGGAAACGCAGAGAAAAAAUGGGCGAGCUUUUCAUUUCUUUGUCAAAGCUUGUUCCUGGUCUAAAGAAGUUAGACAAGUCUUCUAUCCUCGGAGAUACUAUUGAGUACAUGAAGGAGCUUCAACAACAGGUAAAAGUUCUUGAAAAGAUAAAGAAAAACAUACCAUCGGCCUGCGAAAAUAUUAAUGAUUCCUCUUCCUCAAAGGAGAAUGUUAACUGCAUCGACGACCAAGUACUAGGAUCAAAGAUUAAGGCAAGGAUUUUGGACAAAAGUGUACUUAUUAACAUUCACUGCAACAAACGAGAUGGGGUGGUGGGAAAAGUACUGUUCGAAAUGGAGCAAUUGCAUCUUUCAGUCAAUGACAUAAGAAUCAUGCCAUUUGGUCGUACUUAUCUCGAAAUAUCAAUUCUUGCUGAGAUGGAAAAUGGAUGUUGUAUAACCGUGCAAGAUAUCGUAAAUGCCCUUCAAAUCAACAUUCUGGACCAAGUUCAAUCAUGAUUUCCUCCUUCUGAUGAUAUUCUCUAGGUUUUCGUUUUCUUUUUUGUCCUCGACAUCGUAAAUAAUUAAAUGACACAUUUAAUUUGAAAGCUCUUUUGGAGCUUCUGUGAUAAUUACUCUUCCACAUUUGUCUUUCUGGCAAAAUUUCUUAUAC